AUGGAAAUGCCAGGCCAGAGACGCAGCGGGCGCAGCGCCGCCUCGCCGACCCGCAUCACCCGCCUUCAAGAGAAGGAGGACUUGUGCAACCUGAACGACCGCCUGGCCGUCUACAUCGACAAGGUGCGCUCGCUGGAGUCCGAGAACGCCGGCCUGCGUCUGCGCAUCACAGAGUCCGAGUCGCUGGUCAGCCGGGACCUCAGCGGCAUCAAGGCGACCUACGAGGCCGAGCUGGCAGACGCUCGCAAGACCCUCGACCAGGUGGCCAAGGAGCGCGCCCGCUUGCAGCUGGAGCUCGGGAAGGUCAAGGAGGAGUACAAGGAGCUCAAAGCCAGGAACAGCAAGAAGGAGUCUGACCUGGAUGCGGCUUUGGUGCGCCUCCGUGACCUGGAGGCGCUGCUCAACUCCAAAGACGCAGCCCUCAGUACGGCCCUGAGCGAGAAGCGAAAUCUCGAGGUCGAGAUCAAGGAGCUCAAGGCUCAGUUGGCCAAGUUGGACGGCGCCCUGGCCGACGCCCGUCGCCAACUCCAGGACGAGAUGCUCCGCCGCGUGGACGCCGAGAACCGCCUGCAGACGGUGAAGGAGGAGCUGGAGUUCCAGAAGAACAUCUACAACGAGGAAAUCCGCGAGUCCAAGCGGCGUCACGAGUCGCGCAUGGUGGAAAUCGACAGCGGGCGGCAGCAGGAGUUUGAGAGCAAGCUGGCCGAGGCGCUGGCCGACCUGCGGGCUCAGCACGAGGAGCAGGUGGGGCUCUACAAGGCCGAGCUGGAGAAGACGUACAACUCCAAGCUGGAGAACGCGCGUCAGUCGGCUGACAGGAACAGCCACUUGGUGGGCGCCGCGCACGAGGAGCUCCAGCAGACGCGCAUCCGGGUGGAAGGCUUGUCGGCGCAACUCAGCCAGCUGCAGAAACAGCUGUCCUCGAGCGAGGCUAAAGUGCGCGAGAUGGAGGAGAUGCUGAGCCGGGAGCGCGACACCAUGCGACGGCGGCUGGAGGAAAAGGACCGCGACAUGGCCGCCAUGCAGGCACGCCUGCAGCAGCAGCUGGACGAGUACCAGGAGCUCUUGGACAUCAAGCUCACCCUGGACAUGGAGAUCAACGCCUACAGGAAGCUGCUGGAGGGCGAGGAGGAGAGGUUGCAGCUGUCCCCGAGCCCCACGCCGGGCCACAUGGCGGUGACGCGCACGUCGGGCUCGUCGCACGGCCACUCACGGCUCCUCCUCACCUCCUCCUCGACCGGCCGCUCAUCCUCCAAAAAGCGGCGUCUGAACGACGACGAAAGCGAUACGUCCAGCGUGACGGCGGGCGGCACCGUCACCAAGACGCGCGUGGUCCAGCACGCCGCCGCCAGUGGCCGCGUCACCGUGGACGAGGUGGACCAGGACGGCAAGUACGUCAGGCUCAGCAACAAGAGCGACGAGGACCAAUCGCUGGCCGGCUGGCAGUUGAAAAGACAAGUGGGCAGCGGCACCCCCAUCAUCUACAAGUUCCCCCACAAGUUCACCCUCAAGGCUGGAGCCACAGUCACUGUGUGGGCAGCAUCAGGUGGCGGAAGCCACACCCCCCCGACUGACCUAGUGUGGAAGGGUCAGGACUCGUGGGGAACCGGCGACCUCCUCAACACCGUCCUCAUCAGUGCCGCCGGAGAGGAAAUGGCGAGCAGAAAAGUGACGCGCACCCUCUUCCAAGAGGACGAAGAUGACAUGGGAGCCCACAGCACCAGCGGCGAAAACGAGUACAACCUGCGCAGCCGCACGGUCAUCUGCGACUCGUGCGGCCAGACGUCGGACCGCGGCUCCUCCCACGGCGGUCAUGGCGGCGGCUUAGCCGAAGGCCUCGUGGGACAUUCCUUUUUCAUGCCUCAAGACCAGCCCAGACAGAAUCGUGUCAACCCCGAGAACUGUGUUGUCAUGUAA